UAUAAAAUUACAAACAGCCAAACCAAAAAAAGGGUAUCGUGAUUUCUAUCUACACAUUAAUUGUACAAAACAUAAUAGAAGUCAAAUUUGAUAAUAAAGUAAUGUGCAGUGUUGAGUUUUAAACACCAGUUAUUAACAACACAAUGGCCGACAUUCGCGAUAUUCUAGAUAUCGAACAACCAGCCUCCGAAAUCACUCGCGAGAGCAUCAUUCAUGGGGAUAAGAUAAAGAAGAAGUAUGUGACCGCUAAGGCAGUGAAGAGGCCUGAGGGAAUGCACAGGGAAGUGUUCGCGUUGCUCUACAAUGACAACAAGGAGCUGCCGCCGCUAUUGCCCACUGAUACUGGUAAAGCUUACAAACAAACUAAAGCUAAGCUGGGCAUGCGAAAAGUGAGGAAAUGGACAUGGGCACCAUUCACUAACCCUGCUCGUAAGGAUAAUGCAGUGUUCCAUCACUGGAAGAGGACUUCUGACGAGGCUAAAGAUUAUCCUUUUGCACAAUUUAAUAAGCAAGUAUCAAUCCCAUCAUAUUCAGAGUCAGAAUACAACCAAUAUUUGAAAUCUGAAGACUGGAGUCAAGCGGAGACAGAUCAUUUGAUGGACCUGUGCCAGAGAUUUGAUCUCAGAUUCAUUGUUAUACAUGACCGAUGGGACAGAGCAGCUUUCAGGGAUCGUAGUGUUGAAGACUUGAAGGAACGCUACUAUCACAUCUCUGCUACUUUGGGCAAACUAAAGACAAAUCCAUGGUCUAAUGCUGUAACAACUGUGAAUGGGGAGAAACGCACUUAUCAUUAUGACGCUGAGCACGAGAGGAAGAGAAAAGAACAAUUACGCAGAUUGUUUGACAGGACACAGGAGCAGAUUGAUGAAGAACAAAUGUUGAUUGUGGAGCUGAAAAAAAUAGAAGCCAGGAAGCGCGAGAGAGAACGCAAAACUCAAGAUCUCCAAAAACUUAUAUCCAGAGCUGACAGCGGAAUUGCAGCUGGGGCUAACCAGACUCUGAGUGCUGAAGCCAAUGCUCCUGCGAACACUCCUUCAAAUAUUGCCAGACGGCAUGACAGGAAAUUGCACAAGAAGAAGCUUUCUUCACAGCAAAGACCCAUUCGAACUGUGGAAGCAGUUACUGUAGAGUGGUCGGGAAUCAAGUUCCCCGAAGCGCGCGGCACCGGCGUGUGGCUCCGCUCGCAGCGCAUGAAGCUGCCCCCAGGCGUCGGCCAACGGAAAACCAAAGCCAUAGAGCAGGAACUCAGGCUUAUGGGUAUUGAUAUUGCGCCUACUCCUACUGAGCCAAUAUGCAAACACUUCAAUGAGCUGCGGUCAGAUAUAGCGCUGGCUUUGGAUUUGAAGAAUGCCUUGGCAUCAUGCGAAUUUGAUUUGCAAGCCCUGAGACAUCAGUAUGAAGCCUUGAAUCCAGGAAAGACUCUAACAAUUCCAGCAUCUAUUUGCAAUUCAAAUACUGACAGUGAGACCAAGCCAACAGCAGGGGAAAUUAUUGAUGUUGUGGGCUCUCCUGGCACCCCAAACACCUCUGUUUAAUUAUAACUAGCAGUAUUUCUAUUCAUUAUUAUUAUAUUAAAGAUAUUGUGUGUUAAAGAUUAAGGCAAAAUUUUAUGUUGUUUCAUUAAGUUAAAGCUGUAAAAAAUAUAUUGAAAACAUACACUCGGCGUCACGGAAAUCGCACACCCACCGAUUUUUGUUUCAAGCGAACACAGCUCUUAUCAUAUGUAUAUACCCAUAUCAAUAUUAAUAUCUUUAAAAAGUACAAUUAAUAAGCUUUAAAGCAUGAAUAAAGCAUUUUUGGAAUAAAUAAUAAUAAUCACGAAAUUAUGGCGUUCUGAAAGAACACCUAGAAUACGCGUUGUAAGGGUCGCUAUUUGCGUUACCUUGGAUAGGUAUAAAAGGGGGGGUAAAAGUGAGAUAUGGGUCAUUCGGCAUCCAGGGUUCACAGAGGUCACACCGGAACAGCUGGAGA